GUCGGCGGUCCGGGGGGUGUCCCGGGCAGAGCCCAGUGCGGGGGUCCCGCCGGUUCUCCCGCUGGUGGAGGCGGAGCCCCCCCCCAGCCCCAGCUCUGCAGGAAGGGGGGUGCGGGGUGAGCCCCUCCAGGGGUGUUGUUACCGGGCGGGGGAUUAUUACCGGGUAUUGGUUAUUACCAGGCGGGAUGUGGGUUAUUACCUGAGCGCUGGUCAUUCCCGGACGGUGAAUUCCCGGGGUGGGAGGGUCAUUCCCGGACAGGGGGUCAUUCCCAAGGCCGGCUGUGGGUUGCAGGGCUCCCGUCCGUGGGGCCGGACACGCGCGUCCCCAUGCGGGCAGGAGCCGGCGCUGGGCCAUGAGCAACACCACGGCCCCCACGGCCCCGGGCGCGGCCGGCGACUCGCUGGUGGGCUCCGUGCUGGGGCCCUUCCUCCUCCUCACCCUCCUCGGCGCCCUCCUGGCCGCGGUGAUGUACGUCAAGAAGAAGCGCAGGUCCGACCGGCUGCGGCACCGGCUGCUGCCCAUGUACAGCUACGACCCGGCUGAGGAGCCGCCCGAGUCGGAGCAGGAGCUGCUGGUGGAGGCUGAGGAGGCUCAGGUGGUGCCCGCCUGGGGGGGACCCUCGCCCCCUCGGCCCCCGCGCAGGGACUGGAGGGCCUGACACUGCCUGGAGCACCGGGACCGGAUCCUGCCCGCGGGAGGGAAGGGAGGACACUGUCAGCACUGAACAGGCACGAUGUGCCCGCGGUGGUGCCACGAUGCCACAGCUGCUGCCCCCACAUCUGAGCACUGACCCGGAUGGGACAUCUCCCACCUCAGUGCCUGGUUUUGCAAUUUUUCUUUUUUUGCUUGAACUGCUCCAGCAGCCCCUUGGAAAGCUCCGGGAGGGCCCACUGGGGCUGGCAGACUGGCAGAGAGCAGCAGGCUGUGCCGGGAUGGGAUGCCUGGGGGAAAAUGGGGUAAAUAAACGUGUCUCUGCCUUGGC